AUGUACCGGGAUAGUUCGCUAGCACCAGCCCGGAAGCGAGAGCGCCGGAUGGAGGCGGCGUGGUCACUGUUGCGCUCAGCGCCGUCACAGUCGAAUCAAAGCCGCGGAUCUGCGUCCGAGACGGCAACUUGGACGGCACCCAGUGCCGCGCGUGUACGCUCGCGCCCUAGCAACCUACAGUCUACAUUGAGAGCUAGCCCCUCGUUUCCACUCAGUCGAAGGGACGCGUCGACACCGCUGCGGACGCCAGAAGCGAGAGUUGCUAGGCCGGUGGUGCAGUCGUGGACGGAUCAGGCCACACAGACGGAGGACAGUGCAACAUAUACCGACACGAAUAGUACACGGGGACCGCAUCUUCAAACAGGGAUCCACCUUGGAGAUUUUGGGGAAGUGGAGACGAUGACGGCCGCGACAGUCGAUUUUCUCAUUCGCGUGUUGGAAGACAGGAAGCAGGAACUGUUGGUGAGUCGAGGGGACUCGGAACUUCGAGUAACGGCAAUUUAUACGGCCUCAGAGAACGUGGAGGAACCAUUGGAAAAGGUUGAAAAACAGUGCACGUCCGGGAGAUUAUUACAUUUGAAGCUGAUGAUUGUGGUUUGGCAGGGACUAAACUCUCCUACCUCGAAGAUCGCGCGAAUUCAACUUGACUCAGAGAGUAGUGGUGUCACGGAGCUAGUUCGGUCUGCCUCGUACGAGAGGCUUCUGCAGCUGGAGGGCGACUUAGAGGCUCGCCACAACAAAAUUAUGAGCGACGGGUUGCUGGAGACAAUAGAUGACAACAGCUAA